GAACUAUAGUCCGUAACCAUCCCAUAACCUCUAAAACAGUUUUCUGAGAACUUAUUCAUUUAAUGAACUUAUUGAAGUGAGAGAUCAAUGGAUUAAAGAAUAAAACAACGAAUGUAAAUAAAGGCGUUCUUCUACUUUUCUAUGUAUCCAGUAUCCUGAGUGAUGAUUACAAUCGUGUAUUUCUAGCAUUGGAUAGUUAACGAAACAUCAAACUAGAGAAAUCUACACACACACAAACACAUAAAUAUCUUGUCAGAUAAGUAAACGACUAGAUAAAUGUCGAUCUAUAUAAUAGAUCAUUUGUGUAGUACAAUUCUUUGUGCUUGAGAAGGACAUGUGAUCCGUAGCAUAUCUAUUUUCUCUGCCCACCAUUUUCCCUACACCACUGAAAGAGGUGUUAUAUUUCUGAAGAAACACUUGAAACUUCGAAGUGAAAUACUUACUUUUGGAUGUCAGUGUAGCAGUCACGUGAUGUGGUUUUGUUUUAGUGUCACUUCCAUUAACUUGACAUUAUUUUCAGUGGCAGUAAGUGACGUUCUGAAACACACAAAACAUUGGAACAAAUCCUGAACUUCUCAAGACAUUAGAUCGUCACUAGACUGUAUAGAAUGGUUUCAUCGGAUUGCUCAAAUGAAAAGAGAGGGCGCUUGGAUCGCACCAAGAGAGACAGAAGUGAGUUACUAAGGACGCUUCCACCAUGCCGAGUGUGCUUGGAGGCUGCGUCUGGGUUUCACUAUGGAGUCAACACGUGUGAGGCUUGCAAAGGAUUUUUCAGACGUGCUUUGAAACAUGGGACUACUUUUACUUGUAAGCAACAGAAAGAAUGUGACGUCACAGGAACCGCACGCACUCUUUGUUCUUACUGCCGUUUUCAAAAAUGUAUUUGUGUGGGCAUGUCAACUAGUGCCAUCAAAGUUGGGCGCUACACUCACGAGGCCAGAACCAGAAACAUUAUUGAAGUGAAAAUUCUGGCCAAACAAAAGAAGGAACUGAAGAAAUCUGUUGGUAGUUCCACGCAUGCGCGCCAGAAAGAAGAGUACGAAACUCAGUUAGAAGUACGAAAGCAACAUCUCUUGUUGAGACAAGAGCACCGAUUAGCAGAAGAAGCUCUGCGCAUGCCACUUCCCAAUGAAUGUCCACAAUCAUUGGUUGAUUCAAAUGUUGAGUCUCAGUAUAAUUUGACCAAUGAGAUCAAUGACUACACCGACUACAGUGGGACAUAUUGCUCUUACCAGGAGAGUAUUCCGCAGAAUUUCCCGCCGCCUGAUUUCAAAUUUGACUCCCACAAUGAUAUUAGCUUAGGCUAUGAGACAUCGUUCAAGUGUGAGCACUACCAAGACACAGACUACGUGUCUGACACUACUCACGAACAUCUGGAGCAGAGUUCCUCCCACUCUCCACAAGAAACUAUUUUAGCACUACCUACCAUCAAUCAAGAAAACUAUGAACUGCCAUUUUGUUUUGACAGCUAUAACUUUAACAAUGACAUUGACAGUUCUCAAGGUCAAAGUCAUCAUCCAGCAGCAGACGUUUCGCUGGUUCAGACAGAACACUACUCUAGCCUAGAAGAGGAAGAGUUCACGGACAGCAAACAGCCGUCUUCAUGGGAUAUUAGAGCACUACUUCCGGUAACAUUUGAAGCUAGGUUAGAAAGUAUCACCAAGGAAACCAGUAUAUACAAUGGAAAUAUUCAUCUUAAAGAGCAUCUAUCACUUCUUAUGCAAUUUCAGCACCAGAAUAUUCAGAAACAGUUUCCAUGGAUCUCUAGUGACGUCAUCGGUGACGAGCUUGAUAGCGUCAUCACCAAACUGAUUGACACACACAAUCGCCUGAUUCUAGUCUCAGAUUACUUUCCAGACUCCUACAUUGAAGAGAAACUGAAAGCACACAUUAAAGUGUACGUGAUGAAGCAACAAGUGAUGGGUCAACUCCCAGACCUAACUGACCAGCAGUACGUGGACAUGUUUAGAAACACGGGCAUUGAUCUGGAUGGCAGAGUGAAUAACAUCAAGGUAUUGAUGAACUACUUGGAGGUAUUUCUCAGAGCGUUCGUCAGAUUCGCCAAAUGUCUUCCUGGAUUUAAAGAAUUGCCAUUGGACGAUCAGACUCAGUUAUUGAAAGGUAGUUUUACUGACUUCUGGUUUCUAGGAGUCUACAAGGGAUACAACUCUCAGCUCAAUACAGUCAUCAUGCCACAGAGUCAUUGUUUCCAUAGAGACGACCUUUAUAAAAUGUUUGAUCCCAGCUGGGUGGACCAUUCCUUUGAGCUGGCUGUAGUGUUACAAAAGAAGUCAAUUAGUCCUCGACAACUGAUCCUGUUGAAAUCUUUAUUGCUGACUGUACCUUACGGAUGCACUAUUCUAAACCCUCAGGCCGUAGAUAAAAUACAGGAUCGCUUGCUGGAGUGCUUACAGCGCCAACUUUCCAUUGACCAUCCUGACCAAAACAUUGCCCAACUUCUGGGCAAGACAAUCAAUAUUCUGACCUUGCUACGACCUCUGUCUCAACUAGAAAAACGAAAUUGGCAGAAAAGAAUCGUCCUUGAGAAUGCCGCCUGCUGGCCGCUGGUCAGUGAAAUGUUCUGCAGCUGACCCAGCUCAACGUGACCAAGAGAGUUUUUCUUUCCUUGAUGUAAAUAGUUUGACAGAUGUUUCUCUGAUUGGCUAAUAAUAUUGACACUAUCAUGUGACUGUCACGCGACAGAGGAAAAAAAAAUCCAAGAUAUAAAGUUUUGAAGUCUGCAUCGUCUGGUCAUUACAGUCAUAAUGCUACUUUGUUCAUUCAACCGUGUCAACCAUUGGGAGUUAUAUUUCCAGAAGCUUUACAUAGUGACAGUUUGUAAGUAAAACUGAUCUCAAGUGCAGUGAAGUGUCGUUCAAUCACUUUUGGAUGCCUAAAUAUGCAGGUCAAGAAAAAUAAAUUACUCAGUAGUUACACAUGACUUAUUAUGAGAUCCAUAAAAAUGUAUUUGAUAUCAACUUUGACAUCAGCAAUCGUCGAUUGACCUCUGCUGUCGGCAUACAAAAUAUAAUGUCGGGGCAACUCAUCGAAUUAGAUCUAGAUUCUUUCUACAUGAAUUGAGGUUUGAAAAAUAAACAUUAAAAAAAAAAGCUAUUUAAGUAAGAUAUUCUAGAAGUAACUGAGCGGGGAGGUCUCAGGAAAUCAGGGCGGAUUUACGAAAUUCUAGACCAUGCUGGUGCUCAGGACUCUUAAGGAGCGGAGUAAUAUACUAUAUAGACAGAAAAGAUAAAAUAGAAAUACAAUUUCAAUGACUCUAUUCUUCUACACAAAUAUAACACUCUUUUAAAGUGUAUUAAUACUAUAAAGGGCAUUUGUAUUUACCCUUACCAAAGAGGUUACACACAAACAUUCUGCACUGGACUUCCACUUGUGUACAUUUUGUUUUGUAGGAACUGACAUUAAUCUUAAAAACACAACUUGGAACUAUCAUUACAAUUAAUUAGCAUGAAAACUUAAAAAUAGCUAUCUCCCUCUAUGGGAGUCGAUAAAUAUGUAAUAAUAAAUAACUUCUCAUGUCGAAUAGAAAUGUCUUUAUGUUUA